GUGAGGAAGCAGUCCAUGUAAACACCGCUCAUAUCUGAGCGAUAGAACCAGUUCACUACUUGCACGUUGAACACGCCAACAAAAACUAAUGUGAAUUAUUGUCUCCCUUCCGCUGUUGGAAUGGAGAGAAACAAGAACACAAGUUCAGCCAUUGUUGCUCUUGGGUACCCUGUGGGCGGCUCCUGCCUCAUUCAGUGCAGGUGUGAUGAGCUCCCCUGUCCGCUGCUGAACUGGCUGUCCGCGGAGCUCGGGGCUCUGUGUCCUGAGCUGACAGACUUUAAGGGAGCAGGUGGUGUUUUGUUGGUGAAAGAGUUAAGAAUUCUGCUGUCAAACAUGUUUUCGCCCCUCGCUGAUAUGGAUGUGCUGGAACCGUCUACCCUGAACAAGAUCACGGACUUCCUUGUGUCAGAGUUGCUAGCGGCUCAUCUAAUCAAGCAGAAGGAGCUGCAUGCUGAAGAGAACUUGUCAGACGGAGAAUCGGUAAAAGAGCAGCGAGUUGAGCAUCACUGCUACGAUUUGGGUGAAGAAUACAGAGAGGAUGAUGCUGCAGAGAUGGACAAAAAGAAAGCGGAGAUGCAGGCAGAGUGGAUUUUACUGCUGCAUGCACUUGGUUUGGAUGCUUCUUCUCAGUUUGAAGAUGUGGAGAAUGAGGUGAAUUCAAGGUAUUCUCGUCUACCGGGUGGAGAGAUGACAAACCCCCUUCUGAGCACCAGCUUAAGCUCAGAGCAGUGGGCUGCACUUCUAAAGAUCAAUCAGACUCUGUCUGUGGAUUACCGCUGUCGGCAGCAGAUGAUGAUUAAACGAUUUCAGGUCACGCUCGAAUCCUUUGCGUGGGGCGAAAAAACAAAGGUAGUCAUGUUAAAUCUUUUAUUCAAUGCAUUUGCUCUGUUAACAGCCUUUCUGGUCGAAGGAGAUUUCUCCUUGUAGAUUAAUGCACAGCUAAGAAACAAAUUCAAAGCACAACAUUUAUUUGGUAAUAGAAUUAAUUCCCUGCUCAUUUUUAUUAGGUUUAGAUUCUGGCAUAAAAUAUAUCUCUUAGUCAGAAAAAUAACGCCUAAAAUCAUGACAUUACAUUUAAAUAUCGUCUACAGCAUGCUCUUUCUAGGUUUUAUUUAAUUUAUUCUACAUAUGUGUUUGUUUAAAUGAA